AGGAGCCAGAAGAUGGUGUAGGUUUGAAUUCUGAGUUACACAUUAGUUUUUCUAUUUUUCAUUUAGUUUUUUUUGUGGAAGUUGUGGAUGUUAAAGAGCUUCGCGAUGCGGAGGAGCGGCUCGUCUGAAUCUUCCGAUCGUUUUGAAUAUUUACAGACUUUAGUCACCGAGUUCCAGGAUACAGACUCAGACGAGGCGAAGGAGCAGGUUCUGGCCAACUUGGCCAACUUUGCGUACGAUCCGAAGAACCUGGAGUUCCUGCGGCAGCUGCAGGUUCCGGACCUCUUCCUGGACAUGCUGACGGAGGAGCAGGAGAACCUGGUGGAGUUCGGGAUGGGAGGGCUGUGCAACCUGAGCGCCGACCCCGACUGCAGGGACGCCAUCCUGCAGAGCGGCGGCAUCGAACUCAUCACCAGCCGCCUGUCCAGCCCGCGGGAGGAGACCGUGCUGUCGGCCAUCACCACCCUCAUGAACCUGGUGACCCCGGCGACCCGCCCCCGGAUCACCGACCCCUCCAUCCUGCACUGCAUGCUGCGCUUCUCGCUGUCCGAGAGCCCGCGGCUUAGGAACCUGUCUGCCGUCUUCCUGCAGGAUGUCUGCAGCGAGGAGCAGCUGGACCGCGCCCGGAGCCAGAUGGCGGGGCGGCACUCCGCCGUGGGCAUCCCGCUGCCCCGGGACUGAGCCGGGCCUCCGGCUUCCGCUGACUGAACAGAGACGGAAUGACACAUGAAUCUCCAUCAUCCCACCAAGAGGUUCUGACUGGGAGACAGAACUGCAGCAUGCUGGGAAACGAAGAACAUGAAAACUCCACCUCAGAGGCCUGCUUCCAGAGGACGGUGCUACCAGGGCUAACCACUGCACCACAGCUGCUAAUUAAAGGAAAACAUUUAUUUUACUGUAGUAUUCCAUUCAGUCUUCUCAUCAAACGUCACUGAGUUGGAGGAAGAUGCUCUGAUCUGCUCCUCGGUGUCAUACACUUUCCCGCCACACGGGGGCGAGCAUGUGACGUGUGUGUGUUCACAGGAGGUUCAGUCCUUUCAGAGAAUAUUAGUUUGUGAUAUUUGGCCCCAGAAGCAGCAUGAAAGCUGAGUGAUGCAGCAGAAACAGGUUGAAUUCCUUCCUGUAAAAACAGACGCCGACCUGUUUUCCCAGCAUUCCUUUGGCUUUGUAGUGAUUUCCUCAGAUCCAGGCUGGACCUGGCUCUCCAGGUUUAGCACUUUCUGGAAGGAAUAGCAUGUCCCGAAACAUUUAAUCCAAAAAUAUGCACAAUAGGGAGAAAAGAAAACCCUUGAGUAAAGGCUGAGGUGGGCUGGAGGAGCAGGACGCUGCUGGAACCUGAUCCUCCAGACCAGAACAGAGAGCAGCUCGGUCUCCACAGAGCCUUCUCACAGGUGUGUGUGUGUGUACCUGUCAGAGAAAACACUGCCAGCUGUUUUGAAUUAAGUUUAUUUGAUGUUUGGGUUCAUGAAAAGGUUCCCAGCCACCUCACUCAAUCAUCCUGACAGACUUUCAUUCACAUGUCUGUCAGUUGAAGGUAAAAAUAUGAAGUACAAAAAGGCUGAAGUGUGAAUUCUCAGCGCGUCUCUGGUUAAAAUGUCCCUGAUUUCGUCUGGAACUGCUCUGUGUGGCGGAUGAAGACACACCGAGCGGCUGCAGGUUUCCGGCUGGUGUCUGACGUCGGCCUGUGGAGCUGCUGGUCGGCUUCAUUUGGGCUUCAGUCCGAGCUGCUUCUCCAUCUGGGCGCUCAGGAUGUUCUUCUGGAUCUGAGGAACGACCACGAACCGCUUUAAGGCCGAGACUCAGAACUGAAAAGAGCCUCACGUUUCUGUCUUCUGCCGCAGUCGACUGAAAACCUGAACGGAAUCGUUGCUGCUUGUCGAAAUAAAAGUUUCUACGA